AUGAAGAACAACGUCACCACAUCUGUGCUGCGCGUUGGCAUCAUUGGCACAGGAGAGGUGGCGCAAACCGUCCAUCUCCCAACGCUGCAGCUUUGCAGCCACCUCUACCGCGUCACCGCAUUAUGUGAUGUGUCGGCUACGGCGCUAUCUCACUGUGCAGCCAAGUUCAACAUUGCAAAAACAUACACUGACCAUCGGCAACUGAUCAAUCAAGACGAUGUGGACCUUGUGAUGAUCCUUAAUAGCGACGAAUAUCACGCUUCCAUGGCCGUGGAGGCAGCUGACGCAGGCAAGCAUGUUUUUAUCGAGAAACCCAUGGCCCUCACUGAGUCGGAUGCCGACGCUGUUAUCGCCGCUGAGAAACGAAAUGGCGUGGUCAUCAUGGUCGGAUACAUGCGACGAUAUGCUUUUGCAGUGAAACCGUUGUCUGAUAUCCUCCAUGGCAUGAAGACAAUUCACUAUGCGCGGGUCCGAGAUAUCAUUGGCCACAACCGGUUCUUUGUUGACCAAUCGGGCACUUUCCCAAUCAAAGUCAAAGAUGUUCCUGAAGACAAAGUGAGCGAUCUGUUGGCUCAGGGCAAGCGCAUGGCUCAAGAAGCUCUUGGAGAGCACCGAGCAAGCGACCCCGUCAAUGUCAAGUCGUACCGUUUACUGGCCGGCCUUAGUUCACACGAUCUCAGUCUGAUGCGGGAGCUUUUCGGUGGUCCGCCCCUCCAGUGUCUAGCGGCAGGUCGCACUCCGACAGGCGAUUUUAUGCAUGCUCUAUUUCAAUACCCUCAAGGAUUCAACGUCAUGUACGAGGUCGGCAUAGACAAUGUGCCGAUGUUUGACGCCGGUAUCGAGAUAUUUGGAGACACAAAGCGGGUUCAAAUCACUUACGACACGCCAUACAUCAAGGGUCUGCCUAUCAAGGUCACCAUCCAAGAAGACGACGGCCAAGGUGGCUUCAAGGAAACGGUGCUUCGACCCAGCUACAAAGACCCGUAUACGCUAGAACUCGAAGCGCUGCAUAACGCCAUCAUUGGCAAAGAGCCGCUGAAAACAACCCCAGCGGAUGCUAAGCAAGACUUGGACAUUUUUCGACAGAUUAUGGACAAGUUAGCUCCACCGUCACGAGAGAUUCUACAUUUUUCAGAUAUUCAAUAA